AUCCGUUUCUUCUGCGACCUCCGAAAUGGCAUUUACGUUUCUUACAGUCUUUGCCAGAUCCUGUGUUACACGCGCAAUUCGUGCUGCUGCUUUGAAUUUUGUGGCAGCUCUUUGUUUUUCCAUUUUCUUUUUCCACUGAAAUUGCACGAUAAUUAAAGUUAUUUUUCGUUAUUUUAAAUUUCGCGCAUUAUGUUGAACUAUGGCAGGAGUAGUGAGACUGGUCUAGGGUCCCUAUGUGUAAUGCGAACUGUAUAAACGAUAAUAAAACGCAAAUUUGCCGGUCCGCGAUUGUCGAAUGUUUUAAGUUUGACAUUGCGUAUUGAAAUUUUACCAUUUCUCCGAAAGAUUUUGUUUCUAAUAGAAUAGUGUAUAUUACGUGCGCGUUUUAACUCUUGAUAAAAAUGUGACAUUACGGAGAAUAAGUGUACUGCAUAUGGAAGAACAGUAGCCUCAAUCUAUCCACGAGAUUCUAACCAUUAUGCUGGUCUGUCCUUGCUCCAUUGAUUCUAUCCAACACCUAUCGUGAAUUUUCGGAUGGCUUUUAAUUAAUCCCAUCAUUGAUCAUCGUGCUGUUUCUGAUAUGAUGGCGACAGGUAUCUAGUAAUUAUAUAAAUAGUUGUUAAUCAGAAAAGAGUACGAGAUUAAUUGAAACAACAUGGCUCCACCGGAUCCGCUAACCCAGAUGAAUACGUAUCGGUCUUACGUGACGAUGCUUGCUGAUCCUGGGUCCAAGGAUGAAUUAAAAUUAAAGGCAGCUCAGGAACUGUCAGAGAACUUUGAGGUUAUUAUGUGCUCCUCUCAAUAUCCAGCAUUUUUGGAUCACCUUAUGAAGAUUUUUUUGAAGAUACUUCAGGAUGGCGAACCUCACUUUAUAUCAGAAUAUAAUAUCCAGCAAGUUAGAAAACUCAUCCUGGAGAUGAUACACAGAUUACCUACAAAUGAAUACUUGAGACCUUACGUAAAGCAGAUUUUAAGUUUGAUGCUGAAACUUUUGGAAACUGAAAACGAAGAGAAUAUACUUGUCUGCUUAAGGAUUAUAAUUGAAUUACAUAAGCAGUACAGACCAACAUUCAAUCCUGAGAUUCAACAUUUUCUACAAUUCGUUAAAUCAAUAUAUAGCGAAUUGCCUAAACAUUUGCCAAAGAUUUUCGAGCCCAGACCACCAUUACGGGUGAAAGAUUUAUCAGAAAUAAAUAUAGAGGCUCUGUUGAGAGAGACAUUUACAAUCACUGCUAUUCAAAGUGAGAAGAAAGCUGCUGAUGGAACUGUCGUCACGUAUAAUCUUAUUCCAAAAGCAGUCUUAUCCUUGAAAGUACUGCAGGAACUCCCAAUAAUAGUGGUCCUCAUGUAUCAAAUUUAUAAGCAGAACGUGCAUCAGGAUGUUUCUGAUUUUAUACCAUUAAUUAUGACAACUAUUACGUUACAACCAAGUUCUCAGCAUAGGGCAUCUCCUGGUUUCAACAAAGAAGUCUUUGUAGAUUUUAUGGGUGCUCAGAUCAAGACGUUAUCCUUCCUGGCUUACAUUAUUAGAAUUUAUCAGGACGUUGUGUCUCAACACAGUACUAUGAUGGUUAAAGGAAUGCUGGGAUUACUAACACUCUGUCCCAUGGAAGUUGCUCAUCUUCGUAAAGAAUUAUUGAUAGCUGCCAGACAUAUUCUAGCAACCGAUUUACGUAAUAAGUUUGUUCCACAUAUGGAAAGGCUGUUUGAUGAAGAUGUACUUCUUGGGCAUGGUUGGACUACCCAUGAAUCACUUAGACCUUUGGCGUAUUCAACAUUAGCCGAUUUGGUUCACCAUGUUAGACAGUUGUUACCACUUAGCGACUUGGCUAGAGCCGUUCAUCUGUUUAGCAAAAAUGUACAUGAUCAAAGUCUCCCUACUACUAUACAGACAAUGUCAUGCAAGUUACUUUUAAAUUUGGUCGAAUGCAUUAGACAGAGAUCCGAUGCAGAGAAUAGUAAUCAGGGAAGAGAAUUGCUAAUGAGGAUGCUGGAAGUUUUUGUGCUUAAAUUUAAAACGAUAACGAAACUUCAAAUGCCUGUUCUUUUGAAUAAGGCGAAGCAGCCAACGUUGACAGGAGUGGAAGUUAAAACAGAAGAUAUUAAGCAAAGCAUAACAGAUUUGAACGAUGAUAAGGAUUGUGGCAAGUCAAAAUUUGGCUUUCCAGCUUCACAAGCCACGAAUUAUAACGUGGCCGAUUAUAGAAGUCUCGUCAAAACCUUGGUAUGCGGUGUGAAAACUAUCACAUGGGGUUGUGCUAAUUGCAAAUCAGGUGAAGUUGCGCAAUCCAAACAAUUUCAACCAAAAGAGACGCUAGUUUUUAUCAGACUAGUAAAGUGGGCCCUUCAGGCACUUGAUAUUUAUACAAUAGGGCCUCCAGCUGUAGGAGUCAUCACUCAAUCGGGAAGACCAACACAGCCACAAACAGUAAGGACGAAGGAAGAGAAAGAAGUUUUGGAGCAUUUCAGUGGUGUAUUUUCAAUGAUGAAUCCUCAGACUUUUCAAGAAAUAUUCUCAACGACUAUAGACUACAUGGUGGAACGUAUUUUCAAGAACUGCGCCCUUCAAAUUGUAGGUAAUUCGUUUCUGGCCAAUCCAACGACUUCACCGAUAUUCGCCACAGUUCUCGUGGAGUACCUUCUGGAAAGAAUGGACGACAUGGGAUCUAAUGUCGAAAGAAGUAAUUUAUAUUUAAGACUAUUCAAGUUAGUCUUUGGAAGCGUCUCACUUUUUCCAGCCGAAAAUGAGCAUAUGCUCAGACCGCAUCUUCAUCAAAUUGUAAAUCGCUCUAUGGAACUCGCCAUGUCUGCUAAAGAACCAUAUAAUUAUUUUCUACUACUACGUGCUCUCUUUAGAUCUAUUGGAGGUGGCUCCCAUGAUCUUCUGUACCAAGAAUUCUUACCAUUACUUCCAAAUCUAUUGGAAGGUCUUAAUAGACUUCAGUCAGGUUUACAUAAGCAACAUAUGAAGGAUUUAUUUGUUGAGUUGUGCUUGACUGUACCAGUGCGUCUUAGUUCUCUACUUCCUUAUCUGCCAAUGCUUAUGGACCCCCUCGUGUCUGCUCUCAACGGAAGUCAUACUCUGGUCAGUCAAGGUUUACGUACUCUUGAACUUUGUGUAGAUAAUCUGCAACCGGACUUUCUUUAUGAACAUAUUCAGCCAGUACGUGCUGAUUUGAUGCAAGCUCUAUGGAGAACACUUCGAAAUCCUACUGAUCAAGUGGCACACGUAGCCUUCAGAGUGCUUGGUAAAUUCGGGGGUGGAAAUCGAAAAAUGAUGAUCGAACCACAGAAACUUGAGUACAAUGAUCGAGAAACAAGCUCACCAGCUAUUAUUGCCUACUUUCAAGAACCUUCGAAACCUAUUGAUUUUUCUGUGGAAAAGGUUGUUGAAACAGCAUUUACUGCACUUAAAUCUAAUGCAACUGAUCCAUUCUACCGUCGGCAGUGCUGGGAAGUGAUUAACUGUUAUCUAGCCGCUUCACUUAAGCUGGAUGAUGAUAGGUUGACCCUUUAUAAGCUCUUCAUGCAUCCGAGCUUCAAAGAAAGGAAAAUACUACAUCAACAAGGGCCACAUUACAAGUGUCCUGAUAUCGUAGCCCGAAAUGUACAACAAACCGCUUUGACUGGAUUAUUCGUAGCUGCAGCUAUCAAGGAACUCAGGCAUUCUGUCUUAGGCACCAUGGUGUCACUCGUUAGACAUUAUACGAUGGUGGCCAUUGCCCAGCAAGCGGGACCAUUUUACUCGACUGGCAGACCAAUUAGAAGUCAAGGACAGGAUUCACUGGUUCUUAUUGAUGCGCUGGCCGUGAUUAUGGGUCAUGAAGAAAAGGAGCUUUGUAAACCUGGACAUCUCGCAUUAGUUCUGAUACUGGAAACUGCUACAAAUAUUCUUGGUACUAAGGAACGUGCAUGUCAGUUACCAUUGAUGGAAUAUCUUGCAGAGAGAAUGUGCUCUUUGUGCUACGAGAGGGCGUGGUACGCAAAAUUGGGUGGAUGUAUAGCAAUAAAAUUCCUAUUCGAAAGAAUGGCUACGAAGUGGGUUCUAAAUCAUUUGUUUGUAUUUCUUAAAGCACUUAUGUUCGUUAUGAUGGAUCUUACAGGAGAAGUGUCAAACGGUGCCAUAGACAUGGCUAAAGCUAACCUCGAAAAGAUGCUAAGGGUCUGUGUGAAUCCAGGAAUUCAAGAUGGAAACACAGAAUUAUUAGAAGCACAUAAUAAGAGUCUCUAUGAAGUAACGCAUGAACUUGUGCGACAAGUGACUUCUCCCCACUCUAUGGUUAGAGAGCAAGCUAUGGCGUCUUUAAGACUGCUGGGUGAAAUACAGAAUAAGACGGUUACAGAGGUGAUGGAGCCGCAUAAGGAGGUUCUCGCAGAUAUGAUUCCUCCCAAGAAACAUCUGCUCAGACAUCAACCAGCCAAUGCUCAGAUUGGUCUUAUGGAUGGGAACACCUUCUGCACUACUCUUAACCCAAGAUUAUUCACUAUCGAUUUAACCAUCAUGGAACACAAAGUCUUUUUUCAAGAGCUUCUUGCCCUAAGCGAAGCAGAGGAUGCUAAUCUAAACAAGCUGCCUUGUUACAAAUCGGUAUCGAAUCUUAUACCUUUAAGAAAAUCAGCCCUGAGAGCAUUAGCUGCCUGCCACUACAUUGUUGCAUGCAGAGAAAAGAUUUUUGGCGUUCUUUAUAAAGCCCUAGAGAAACAGAAUGCAGAACUACAGGAAGCUGCUUUCGAAUGUAUGCAGAAAUUCAUAGCUGGAUUCCAAAUUGACAUGGAAUCUGUACAUGCUAUAAUGCGGCCAAUGCUGUUAACUCUAGGAGAUCACAGGAAUCUCAGUCUAAACUGUGUAAAACGCCUUUCCUAUUUAACACAACUUUUUCCUAGUACCUUCAGCAUCACUUUGUGUGAACAGUUAUUGCAACACUUAAAGAAACUCUUAGAGAAUCUCAUCCAGGCCCAUAAAGGCGUUUCGAAAUCAGGAGAAAAUGAACAAAAGAUUGCUACCAUUAUAGGGAUAUUUCAUCAGAUUCCAGCUGCCACACCGAAGUUCAUCGAUGUAUUAUGCAGACUCGUCUUGCAGACAGAAAAAUCAUUAUUGGUGGAAGCUUCUAGCCCUUUUCGUGUUCCACUAAUGAGAUUCCUACUACGCUAUCCAACAGAAACUCUAAACCUUUUUCUUCACGAUAACAACAUAAAGGACCAACAGUGGAGCAGAUACUUAGAAUUUUUAAUAAAGCACAAAGACGGCAAAUCAUUUAGGGACGUUCUGCAUAAUAACACCAGCAGACUAAUCACCAUGCUGCUAACUCAUUCUCAAACAAAUUCUAAUUUGAGCCACGCCGAGAAGAGCGAAUUACAACAUCAAGCUAUAAGAAUCAUUUCGGUCCUGAUUAAAUUCGACGAACAAUGGCUGUCUACACAGAGUCAAUUAGUUGCGGCAUUGAAGCAGAUUUGGUGUAACGAUGAAUAUCAGAAUUUACAUAAGAAAGUCGAUAGUGUGGAUUUCUGUCAUUGGAAAGAACCAAAACUCAUUGUCAAAAUUCUCCUGCAUUAUUUUGGCCAUCAUCCCAAUGAUAUUGAUCUGCUUUUCCAACUAUUGAGAGCUACCUGUGACCGAUUCAUACCGGAUUUCCAGUUUCUUCGUGAUUUCCUGGAAAAUACAGUGGCGCAGGAAUAUACAGUUGAAUGGAAGCGAAGUGCAUUCUUUAGAUUUGUUGAACACUUUCCCACGAAUAAUAUGUCACAGGAGUUGAAAGCUAAAGUGUUGCAGCUCAUCAUCAUUCCUUGUUUUGCCACAAGUUUUGAACGCGGUGAGGGAGUAAAAUUGGUCGGAGGCGCACCAAUGCCUUAUCAAGACAAUCCAGAGAACGUGGUUUCGGUCUUCAUCAGUAAAAUCAUCGAUCCAGAUAAUCCCUUCGGAUCUGCUGAUUGCGUGAGAAUUUCUUUGCUACAAUUUUCAUGUCUCCUGGUGGAGCAGGCUUCCCAGCAUAUCCAUGAUGUAACUAAUAAAAGACAAGGAAACAAAUUACGAAGAUUGAUGACAUUUGCAUGGCCAUGUCUCCUCGGGAAGAAUUGCGUUGACCCUGCAACACGAUAUCAUGGUCAUCUAUUGCUAAGUCACAUUAUUGCUAAGUUUGCUAUACACAAAAGGAUCGUCCUUCAAGUAUUCCAUAGUCUACUGAAGGCUCAUGCUGUUGAAGCCAGGAAUGUUGUUAGGCAGGCUCUUGAAAUUCUUACACCUGCUAUGCCUGUUAGAAUGGAGGACGGUAACACUAUGCUUACACAUUGGACUAAAAAAAUCAUUGUUGAGGAAGGGCACUCUAUGCAGCAGUUGUUUCAUAUACUGCAACUUGUAGUGAGGCACUAUAAGGUUUACUAUCCAGUGAGACAUCACUUGGUUCAGCAUAUGGUUAAUUCCAUUCAGAGAUUAGGAUUCAGCCCUACCGCUACCAUAGAACAUAGGAGAUUAGCAGUUGAAUUGGCUGAGGUUAUUAUCAAGUGGGAGUUACACAGAAUUAAGGAUGAGGCCGAGAAUGUUGAAACAGGUGGUACAGGUACUAUGACAGGAACAGUGAAAAGACCAAUCCAGGAUGAUCCUGCUGGGAAUAAACGUCUAGCUACACAACCGGUUACUGCCAAUACCACAGUUCCUCUAAUUACACCAAAAAUGGAACCUGGUGCAACAAAACCGAUAGAAAGGGCUCAUGCAGAUGCUAUUCUGAACUUCUUGUUGCGUCUAGCUUGCCAAGUGAAUGAUGCGACUACAACUCAAGGUAACCCUGGAGAACAACUUUCUAGAAGGUGUGUAACUUUAUUAAAACUGGCUCUGAAGCCAGACGUAUGGCCACAGUCCUGUGAUUUAAAGUUAGCUUGGCUGGAUAAGGUUUUUGCGAGUGUUGACAAUGCCCAACCGAACUAUGGGAAUAUAUGCACUGCAUUGGAACUCAUGACAUUUUUACUAGGGGUAAUGAAACGAGAACAGAUUUUAGCAAGUUGCAAACCGCUUCAAAGAGGCUUGGGAGCAUGUAUUGCCAGUAGCAAUACUAAAGUCAUUAGACUGGUUCAUGGUCUACUAUCACGACUUAUGACAAUAUUUCCAACUGAACCCACGUCCUCUAAUGUGGCUUCCAAAUAUGAAGAACUUGAUACUCUCUACACUACUGUUGGUAAGUUUAUUUUUGAUGGACUGGCAGCUUAUGAGAAGAAUACUACUGCAACACCCAGUACCCUAUUUGGAACUCUGAUGACGCUCAAAGCAGCGUGCACAAAUAAUCAAAGCUACAUUGAUCGUCUGAUUACCCCUUUUAUGAGAGUUCUUCACAGAAUGGCAAAGGAUCAUUUGCAUCCCACUCAAACUGAGACUAAUCCUGUGGGCAGUGAACUUCUGAUACUCAGCUUGGAUCUUGUAAAGAAUAGAGUAGUAGUCAUGGGUGUAGAGAUGCGUAAAUCUUUCAUAGGAACUAUUUUAGUUGGGCUCAUAGAAAAAACUCAGGAUAUCAAAGUAAUGAAGGCCAUAACAAAGAUGUUGGAAGAAUGGAUGAAGAACAAGCACCCUAUAGCAAUAAAUCAAGCACCCAGCCUCAGGGAAAAGUCUAUCCUACUCGUGAAGAUGAUGCAAUAUGUUGAAAAACGGUUCCCCGAUGAUCUUGAGCUUAAUGGGCAAUUCCUUGAAUUGGUUAAUUAUGUUUAUAGGGAUGAUACAUUGAAAUCAUCGGAACUCACAUCAAAAUUGGAACCUGCUUUCCUUUCAGGAUUGAGAUGUAUACAGCCUCAUAUUAGGGCCAAGUUUUUUGAAGUAUUCGAUGGAUCUAUGAGAAGAAGAUUACAUGAUAGAUUGUUGUAUAUCAUUUGUAGCCAGAGUUGGGACGCCAUGGGACCUCAUUACUGGAUAAAACAAUGUAUCGAGCUUCUCUUGGUGACAGCUAGUUCUACAACGCAAAUACAAAUGACUAAUCAGGAUACACUACUACCCAGUGUCACAUCAAUUAUAAAUAUGGCUGAUAGCGAGGAGCAUAAAAACUUUGUAAUUUAUACGACAGUGAAAGAAGAACCUCAAGAUAUCUCAGAAUCAGGCGAUGUUAAGGAUGAUAUUUUAGAUAUGGAUCUGUCGAAUGUGGAUCCAGCUACAGUUCCAGAAGAAAUAAUAUGUGGGAGAAAAGCUACCCUCACGCAACUUAUCGCCAAACAAGCAGAGUUCUUAGAGCAUGCUAGAAAAAUUAGGACCGAACAAAUGCUAGUAGCCACCGCGCAGCUGUGUCACAUGGAUACUAACCUUGCUGAACGUGUUUGGUUGGACACUUUUCCAAGACUUUGGAGUAUUCUGGAUGAACACCAACAUAAUGCACUUAUAGCGGAAAUGGUGCCCUUUAUCUGUAGUGGAACUCAUGUAAUACAGAAGGAUUGUCAUCCGAGUGCUAUAGCCACAUUUGUUGAAGCCAUGACACAUUGCAAUCCAUCAGUACCCAUGAGGCCUGCUUUGAUGAAGUAUCUAGGUAGAUCACACAAUUUGUGGCAUAGAAUGACCUUCAGUCUAGAGCAAAUGGCCUUUGAUACUGGAAAUAAUCAGUAUAAGAACAAACGUGAAUCUGAUUGCUAUGAUUUCGAACCAGACAACAGUCCUCAUGCGGAAGUGUUAAACAGUCUCUCCGAUAUGUAUUCUCUACUUUGUGAAGAAGAUAUGUGGUCUGGUCUCUGGCAGAAACAUGCUCACUACAAGGAGACAUUGCAAGCUACAGCACUAGAGCAGCAAGGGUUUUUCGAACAGGCCCAAGGUGCUUAUGAUGUAGCAAUGACCAAAUUUAAACAAGACUAUGCUACAACACCAGCGCCUUUCAAGACUCAAAGGGAAACUAUUCUCUGGGAGCAGCAUUGGAUUCGCUGUGCCAAGGAACUUAAUCAGUGGGACUUGCUGUUGGAUUAUGGAAGCAAGAAAGCUGAGAAGAAUCCAUUUCUUAUCUUGGAGAGCUCUUGGCGCAUUCCAAACUGGACAAUAAUGAAAGAGGCCUUAGCACAAGUUGAACAUAAUUGUCCUAAAGAAAUGGCCUGGAAAGUUAACCUUUACCGUGGAUUCCUCGCAAUUUGUCAUAGUGAGGACCAACAUCUCACUGCUGUCGAACGAUAUGUCGAGCUGGCUUCUGGACUUUGCAUGCGAGAAUGGCGUAGACUACCUCAUAUUGUCAGUCACAUUCAUCUACCAUUGCUACAGGCAGCACAACAGAUAAUGGAAUUGCAAGAGGCUAUGCAAAUUCACCAAGGUCUCCUUCAUGGUAGGAGUUCCUCUCUCCAUGAUAUGAAAGCUAUUGUGAAAACUUGGCGUAAUCGAUUGCCAGUGAUCGCUGAUGAUCUAAGUCACUGGUCCGAUAUCUUCACUUGGAGGCAACAUCAUUACACCUUUAUUUCUAGCCAUUACGAUUCUCAACAGGAUCAAACAACGAAUCAUUCUAUGCUGGGUGUUCACGCAUCGGCACAAGCGAUCAUCCAUUUUGGGAAGAUUGCUAGGAAACAUAAUCUUUCUGGAGUCUGUUUAGAUUCCUUAUCAAGGAUCUAUACGAUACCGAGUGUACCUAUUGUGGACUGUUUCCAAAAGAUAAGACAACAAGUCAAGUGCUAUCUGCAAAUGGCUUCAGUGACAGGAAAGAAUGAACUGCAGGAAGGUCUGGAAGUUAUAGAAUCAACGAAUCUCAAAUACUUCACUAAGGAGAUGACUGCAGAGUUUUACGCCUUGAAGGGUAUGCUUCUAUCUCAGAUAGGACGUUCCGAUGAUGCGAAUAAGGCCUUUUCGGCGGCAGUACAGCUCCAUGAUACUCUGGUCAAAGCUUGGGCACUCUGGGGAGAUUACUUAGAACACAUAUUCACACGAGAUGCACGACAGAUUUCUAUUGGUGUUUCUGCUAUGACUUGCUUCCUUCAUGCUUGUAGGCAUCAAAAUGAAUCGAAGUCCAGGAAGUAUCUGGCGAAGGUGCUAUGGCUAUUAACUUAUGACGAUGACAAAUUUUCUUUAAUGGAAGCUGUUGAUAAAUAUGCGGUUGGCGUUCCACCCAUUCAAUGGUUACCUUGGAUACCACAACUGUUGAUGUGCCUUGUACGACACGAGGGUAAUGUUAUAUUAAAUCUUCUCAGUCAGGUAGGAAGAAUGUUCCCACAGGCAGUUUACUUCUCAAUAAGAACCCUUUACCUGACUUUAAAAAUAGAACAAAGAGAACGGUACAAGAGUGCUGAAUUGGCAGCAGGAAAGAGUAAUGACGGCACAGAGGGUCGUGUUGCUGGAAACGUGCAGCAACAGGGUGCUCCAGAAACGGGACCAAUACGUGCUACUCCACCGAUGUGGCGUUGUUCUAAGAUAAUGCACAUGCAGCGUGACAUACAUCCCACCAUUUUGUCUAGUCUAGAAGGUAUUGUAGAUCAAAUGGUCUGGUUCCGUGAGACCUGGUAUGAAGAAGUUUUACGACAACUUAGACAAGGACUAGCUAAGUGUUAUGCUAUUGCAUUUGAGAAUCGUGGAGCUGUCAGUGAGGCUACCAUAACACCACAUACUCUGAAUUUUGUGAAGAAGCUGGUUUCUACUUUUGGUAUUGGAAUUGAAAACAUAUCCUCAUCUCAAAAUGUGAAUAAUACUUUUGGCUCUGCAGCGUCGGAAUCUUUGGCACGUAGGGCACAGGCGACUGUACAGGAUCCAGUGUUUCAGAAAAUGAAAGGACAGUUUACUAGUGAUUUCGAUUUCACUGUUCCCGGUGCGCGGUUGUUGCAUAAUUUGAUUAGUAAACUUAAGAAAUGGAUUAAAAUACUCGAAGGAAAAACAAAACAGCUUCCUAAAUCUUUUCUGAUUGAAGAGAAAUGCCGCUUCCUCAGUAACUUCAGUUUGAAAACAGCUGAGGUGGAACUACCUGGCGAAUUCCUAUUACCCAAACACUCACAUUAUUAUGUCAGGAUAGCAAGGUUUAUGCCAAGAGUUGAAGUCGUACAACGGCAUAAUACAGCAGCCCGAAGAUUACGGAUACGAGGACACAAUGGACGGCUAUAUCCCUAUUUGGUAGUGAACGACGCUGGUCUGGGAGAUGCGCGACGCGAGGAACGUGUGCUGCAAUUACUCAGAAUGCUUAAUCAUUACCUGGCUAAACAGAAGGAAACUUCUCGAAGAUUUCUGCACUUUACAGUUCCAAGAGUGGUUGCAGUUUCACCACAGAUGCGACUUGUGGAGGAUAAUCCAGCUUCAGUGUCUCUUUUGGACAUUUAUAAGCAAGGGUGUGCUAAAUUAGAAAUAGAACAUGAUGCUCCUAUUGCUAGGUACUAUGAUAGAUUAGCUACGGUACAGGCACGUGGAGCGCAGGCGAGUCACCAAGUCCUGCGGGAUAUAUUGAAGGAAGUACAAUCGACGAUGGUGGCCAGGACAAUGCUGAGAGAUUGGGCAGUAAAGACAUUCCCUGCAGCUACGGAUUAUUGGACAUUUAGAAAGAUGUUUACUCUGCAACUUUCACUGGCCUGCUUUGCUGAGUACGUUUUACACCUGACUAGGCUGAAUCCGGAUAUGAUGUACGUGCAUCAAGACUCUGGCUUAAUAAACAUAGCCUAUUUCAAAUUUGACGUAGAUGAUACUUCCGGAGAGCUGGAUGCCAAUAGACCUGUUCCAUUUCGAUUGACUCCAAAUAUUUUGGAAUUCUUAACGAGUACAGGUGUAUCUGGACCAUUAACAGCAAGUGCAAUAGCAACGGCACGCUGCUUGGUACAACCAUCCUUCAAAGUACACACGAUAUUGAGAGCCAUAUUACGGGACGAGGUAAUUUCCGACCACAACAAAAAGCAAGAAGAUGCAGAGAACGUAUUACAAGCACCAGCAGACAUGAAAGGCGAACUCCUGAUCACCAUGGUGACUCGCGCAGUAACGGCAAUAAUGACCAGGUUGAAUUCAUUGGCAAAUUUCGACGGAACAGAUAGUAAAGUUAGUACGCUGGUCGCUGCUGCUAAUAGUCAUGACAAUUUGUGUCGAAUGGAUCCCUCUUGGCAUCCAUGGCUCUAAAGAUGUAGCAUUUUGGUACAGGAUUUAAACUGUCACGUGACAUAUGCAAGAUGAAAUAGAUCGAAUUUUUUGUAACGUAGAGCCUGUACUAUUUGUAACUAUUCUGUAUAUGGUUUAAAUAAGUAUAGUAUUGGGACAAUGCUGGAUUUAAUUUCAAUUAGAAUCACUUUACUGUAUCAAUUAUGUAUUUCGAGAAUUUUAAUAAUUCUGAUUUUUCCUCAUGACUCGUCCUGUAUUUUGUUCAUGUGUGUAUGCAGCUAAGAGUACAAAGAAAUCAUAAGAUAAUCGAAGAUGUUUAUCAUAACAUGCUUAUAAAGAGAUUCUCUGCGGAUUUUGAAAUUUACAUUUAGCGGUAGGUGAAAUAUGUAUGUAUGUAUGUAUGUAUGUAUGUAUGUAUAUGACGAGAAGUGGUGCAUCAGGAGUUUCUCCGUUGUGAAUUGUUGCUUUAAAAAUGGCAUAUAUGUAAUAAACAAUUUUCUACCGAA